UUGUUUACUCUGGCGGGCGUCCUUACCAAGCCUGGAUUAUAUCUAUCACAUAAAUGUACAUAUUUUGUGUCCGCGAUAGUAAAAAAUAUAUAUGUGCGAUCCGUCCUCAGUACCAAGUGUCUUGUAACCAUUAUAUGGUGCCACAAGCAGCCAAACACAGAAAACAACGACCUGGCCGCAGCACCAAGGACCAGCUGACACCAUAAACACAACAUUGUGCCCCACAGUGUGGCAAGUCUCCCUGUAACACCUGCCUGUGUUUAUAGUCGCAGCUCCUCUGUCUCCACCACAACACAACAAACACCUGAAACCUUGCCCUUCUGAACAUCAACGCGCCUAUCAACAUUUGUACUCGUGCAGUCAUCAGGAGGAUAAGCCCUUCAUGCAAACUGCACCUACCAUCAAGAAGAAGAAGACGAGUGUCCAGACAUAAGCAUUGAAGGAAAACCUUCACACAACUUCCACUUAUCAUACAGAAGAUGGAAACUGACCAGUGUCCAGAGUGUGGGAAGAGCUUUACUCGCCCCUAUAUGAAGAUUCACAUGAGGGUACAUUCUGGUGAAAAGCCUCAUGAGUGUCCAUGGUGUGGGAAAAGAUUCAGUCACUCUGGAAGUAUGAAGCAUCACAUGUUAUUGCAUUCGGGUGAUAAGCCUCAUAAUUGUCCUGUGUGUGGGAAGAAAUUCAUUCAGCUUGGAAAUAUGAAGAGUCACAUGUUAAUCCAUUCGGAUGAUAAGCCUCACCAGUGUUCAGUGUGUGGGAAAAGAUUCAGUCGACUUGGAGAUAUGAAGACUCACAUGUUAGUGCAUUCAGAUGAUAUUCCUCAUGAGUGUCCAGUGUGUGGGAAAAGGUUCCGUUAUCUUGGAAGUAUGAGGAAGCACAGCUUAGUGCAUACAGAUAAAAGGCCUUUUGAGUGUGCCGACUGUGGCAAAACUUUUAAGAAUCGUAGUUAUAUAAUACAGCACAUGGUAGUGCAUUCGGAUGAUAAACCUCAUGAAUGUCCAGAGUGUGGCAAGAGAUUCCGUAAUCUUGGACUUAUGAAGACUCACAUGUUAGUACAUACUGAUGAUAAACCUCAUGAAUGUCCACAGUGUGGGAAGAGAUUCAGUCAGCUUGGAACUAUGAAUCUUCACAUGUUAGUACAUACUGAUGUGAAACCUCAUGAGUGUCCCGAGUGCGGGAAGAGAUUCGGUCAGCUUGGAAAUAUGAAGCGUCACAUGUUAGUACAUACUGAUGUGAAACUUCAUGAGUGUCCAGUGUGUUUGAAAAGAUUCCGUCAUAUUCAAAGUAUGAAGUGUCACGUGUUAAUACAUAAUGAAGAUAAACGUCAUGAGUGCCCAGAGUGUGGGAAGAGAUUUGUGCAGCGUGGAAGUAUGAAGAGGCACAGAUUAGUGCAUUCUGAUGAAAAACCUUUUGAGUGUUCAGAGUGCGGCAAAACGUUUAAGCACCGUAGAAGUAUAAUACAACACAUGGUAGUGCAUUUGGAUGAUAAACCUCAUGAAUGUCCACUGUGACGGAAGAGAUUCCGUCAUAUUACAAAUAUGAAGUCACAGGACAGUGCAUUCUGAUGACAGACCUUUUGAGUGUGCCAAAUGUAGCAGAAAAUAUAAGGAGCAUAGACAUAUAAUAACUUACACCUUAGUGCAUACUGAAUAUAAACCUUACAAGUGUCCAGAGUGUGGGAAAAGAUUCCAUUAGGUUGGAAGUAUUUAUCUGAUUUUACUUGAUUUACCUUAGGACCUCUACACCUAGUGGCCUUGACAAGGACUCUAAGCCAGCAACUUCUUAAAGGUCCCUCAUUUACCUUGAUGAUCUUUUCCAGGUGUGAAUGGUAGAGAGCAUAGGAGUCCACCACCCUGACCACCAGGUCCACCUAGCCCUCACGUCCACCCAUGUAAGGGUCACAGAUGCCAUCAUCCAUGCCCUUGCCUCUUACAGCAACAUCCACAUCUCCAUGCUGGACGUUGACAAUGUCUUGGAGGGAGUAGAGAGACUCGGCAAGUGGCACUGACAGAUGGAGUGGGCAAGGAGAGAACAGAUUGUGUUUCUGCAGUUACCAGGAGGAGACCCUAUGCUACGAGUAGGUAUCGGACACCAUCUGCACUCUUAUGAUAAGGGGGAUAAUUACUACAUCCACGUUAAAAUCCUCCCAUAGUGGUUUGAAUUGUCUUUUAGGCAAUUGGAAAAAAACACUGCCAUUAUAAGAUUAAUAACAACACCGACCAAAUGUGGACGCCACCUCCGCUGGACCACGUGACUUGACAUUACCCCCUUGGCUCUCGAUACCGUCGUCAGACAGUCCAGACUGUCAGAUGUUCAGGCGUCCCCUGAACAUCUUCCUAUCAAUGCAUUUAUUCACUUCAAGGUGCAUUCUUUUCCACUGACAAUCAACGCUUAUGUAGCCACAUGGCAUUGCAUUUUAUCAUUCAAGGAAAUGCCAGGUCACAGCCAGCACCACUGCCAUCAUGGCUCCGAAAUCAGCAGCAUUAAGGGAAAACCUUGACACAAACUGCACCUAUAAUAAAGAAGAUAAAAUCUCACCAAUGUCCAGAGUGUGGGAAGAAGUUCAGUCAUCUUAGAAAUAUAAAGAUUCGCAUGUUAGUGCAUACAGGUGAUAAACAUCAUGAGUGUCCAGUGUGUUGGAAAAAGAUGCAAACAGCAAGAAAUGUGAAGACUCAUAUGUUAGUGCAUAAGGCUGACAAUCUUUAUGAGUGUCCAGAGUGUCGGAAAAGAUUCCAUCAUCUUGAAAAUAUGAGGAGGCACUUGUUGGUGCAUUCCAUUGAAACUCAUUUUAAGUGUUCCAAGUGUGGUAAAAUAUUUAAGGAACGUAGUGCUAUAAUAAAACAUGCGUUAGUGUAUAUUGAUGAUAUGCAUAACACCUCUCAAGUGUUGAGAAUAUGGUAAGAUUUUCAGUUAUCUUGGAUUUAUGAAAAGCUACAUGAUGGUACAUUUGGGUGAUCAGCUAAACAUUUUGAAUGUGGGAGAAAUUUCAGAAAAUGUUAAAGUAUAAUGAGGCACAUAUUAGUAUGUUAACUUACCAUUAUUCCAAGGCAGUUGGAAAAUUAUGAGCUUCAUCACAAAAAUAUCAUGCUAUCACCAUGCAUGGUAAAGUUCUGCUGCAUGUGACAUUGAGAUUUAUUGUACAGUACUGUAAUUUGUGCUUUAUUAUUUGUAAUAAUCAUUUUAUUUAACAAUGGAGCAGCAAGUAGGAAACAGUUUGAGAUAUUUUCAUAAUGAGACAUUCAUUGACAUAAAAUAGUGUCAUAGACAUAUAUAUAAAGUGGCACCUCGACUUAAGAUUGCCCUGGUUUACUAUAAUUUUGAGUUGCGAUAUAAAUUUGAUAGAAAAAUUUGACACGACUUACGACAGUGUCGUCAAAUAAUGAUAAUUGUUGAUACACGUUCAGGUCGACAGAGCGCAUGGUUCCCGGUCACGCGGGCCGACCUGCCUCAGUUUACUAGAGCCGCCCACUUAGUGAUGAGAAAUUCCAUUUUUGUGGUGAUUUUUUGCUUUUUGAGCAUAAAACUGAUUAUUAUAUAUCACACCAUGGGUCCCAAGAAAGUCAGUGGUAAGGUUCAACAUAUGAAAACAUAUGUAAGAAU